AAAAAUGUCGUUCAAGAGUCAGGCCCUAUUGACUCGAAUUUACAAAUUAACGAAGACAAAAAAUUUUAUCUACGGAAAUAUCCUCGGUUACACCUUUAGCAGUCAGCACCAGCAUUCUGAAAAGAUCAAAGAGAGCUCCCGGAGAUAUGCAGCAGCGUUUACUUAAUUCCUCCAAAGCAAUGAUAACCCUCACUUCUUCCCACUUCACCUUCCUGCCAAAACCUUCACUGAUCUUCUUUUACUCCUAUUCACCGGAAUCGCCGCAGAAAAAUCAACAACAACAACUCUCUUCUGCUUCUGCUUCUGCCUCCAAUUCCGCAAUUGGCUCUCCUACUCGAGUCCAAAAGCUGAUAGCGUCCCAGUCCGAUCCUCUUCUCGCUAAAGAAAUUUUCGACUAUGCCUUCCGCCAGCAAGGCUUUCGUCAUUCUUAUUCUUCCUAUCUCAUUCUCAUUCUCAAACUGGGGCGCGCCAGAUACUUCACGCUUGUCGAUGAUAUCCUCUCUCUCCUGAAAACCCAGCGCUACCCGAUUACUCCUAUUCUAUUCUCUUAUGUGAUCAAGAUCUACGCCGAGGCAGAUUUGCCAGAUAAAGCCCUUAAAACCUUCUACAAGAUUCGCGAGUUUGGCUGCAAGCCUUUGCCUAAACACCUCAAUCACAUUCUGGAGAUUCUUGUCUCACACAGGAGCUAUCUCCGGCCGGCUUUCGAUCUCUUCCGGAGUGCUCACCGUCAUGGAGUUUUACCCAAUAUUCAAUCUUACAAUAUUUUGAUGCGUGCGUUUUGUUUGAAUGGGGAUAUAAGUAUUGCAUACUCACUGUUCAAUAAAAUGUUUAAGAGAGAUGUUUCGCCGGAUGUGGAAUCGUAUAGGAUAUUAAUGCAGGGGCUGUGUAGAAAGAGUCAGGUGAAUGGAGCGGUGGAUUUGUUGGAGGAUAUGUUGAAUAAAGGUUUCGUGCCAGAUACAUUGAGUUACACCACUUUGUUGAAUAGUUUGUGUAGGAAGAAGCAACUUAGGGAGGCUUAUAAGCUUCUUUGCAGAAUGAAAGUCAAGGGGUGCAAUCCUGAUAUUGUCCAUUACAAUACAGUUAUAUUGGGAUUUUGUAGAGAAGGGCGUGCUCUGGAUGCUUGUAAGGUUCUUGAGGACAUGCCCUCUAAUGGGUGUUUGCCCAAUUUGGUGUCUUACAGGACUUUGGUUGGUGGGUUAUGCGAUCAGAGGAUAUUUGGUGAAGCUAAGAAAUAUUUGGAGGAAAUGCUGUCCAAAGGAUUCUCCCCACAUUUCUCAAUUUCUCAUGCUUUGGUAGAAGGGUUUUGCAAUGUUGGUAAGAUCGAGGAAGCUUGUGUAUUAGUGGAAAAAAUGCUAAAUCAUGGAGAAGCACCACAUAUGGAUACUUGGAUGACAAUAAUUCCUAUGAUUUGCGUAGAGGAUGAUAGAGUCUGCAUGGAGGAAAUUUUGGACAAGGUUAUCAAGAUAGAAAUAACAGGCAACACAAGAAUAGUGGAUGCAGGUAUAGGUUUAGAAGGGUACUUGGUUAAGAAGAUACAAUCUAAACUUUGGAGAGCUUAAACGUUUAUCACAUUUUUCUGUGUUGCCUUUGCCAAGAACAAUCUGUAUCUAAGUAUCAGCACAUCAUCCAUAUGGCUACAAUCAUAUUUUUUGUGGCUUUUUGGAUGAACUAACUCACCCUUGAUGGUUAUCCUGCAAAUUUUGUACCAUCUAUGCGUACGACUUGUAAAGCAUGUGAUUUGGGCAACAUGUUAUUUGCCCAAUAACAGCCUAUUUGAGGAUUUUGGGGUUCUUUUCAUGCCGAGUCCUAAUUUAGAGAGCUGUCUUCUCAGAGAGAGUUGAUUGUUUUAUAAAAGAUCAGCCAGGCUGAAUUUAGCUCUUUGUCAGAAUGCAUGGUGGUACCAUAAUGGUAUUAGGAGCAAAGAGUUUCAGGAACCGCAGCAGACUGGUUCAGUUCACCCUUGCUGGUACUAUGUUGCACUGUUUCCUUCCAAGCCCCAGAGCUCUCUUCAGCAUCACUAUAAAGAAGCAGAAAGCGCCAGAAGAUUGCAACAGUUAAGGGAUAAUGAUUGAGAACAUCAGAAAAGAAGUUGUUUAUCAAGUUAACUAAUAUAACUUGGUGUUUCCUGCACCAGCUGAAAGGGAAAAGGUGAAAUCUUGUUUGUCUGAGUUGGGUGACUUGAGCAACAUUUUUAAGCAAGCCUUGAAUGCUGGUAUGGAGCAACUUGUGGCUACUUUGACACCUCGAAUCCGCCCUGUCUUGGAUAGUGUAGCAACCAUCAGCUACGAGCUAUCUGAGGCUGAAUAUGCUGAUAAUGAGGUGAAUGAUCCUUGGGUCCAGAGGCUUCUCCAUGCUGUUGAGACAAAUGCAGCAUGGCUCCAACCACUCAUGACUGCUAACAACUAUGACUCAUUUGUGCAUCUAAUCAUUGAUUUCAUCGUGAAGAGGCUUGAAGUGAUUAUGAUGCAGAAACGGUUCAGUCAGCUUGGAGGCCUUCAGCUUGACAGAGAUGCAAGAGCUCUGGUAAGCCAUUUAUCUAGCAUGACACAGAGGACGGUUAGGGACAAGUUUGCUCGUCUUACUCAAAUGGCAACAAUUCUCAACUUGGAAAAGGUCUCCGAGAUUCUGGAUUUCUGGGGUGAAAACUCAGGACCCAUGACCUGGAGACUAACUCCAGCUGAGGUUAGGCGGGUGUUGGGUCUAAGAGUUGAUUUUAAACCUGAAGCCAUUGCUGCUUUGAAAUUGUAGUGUUCAUUUACAUCCAUUAGAACUUGCCUUGCUCAUAUUCUUCUGUUCUUUUUUAUUCUCCAUUAAUCAAAAUUUGUAAUUUUAUUAUAUUUUUUGUAGUCUUUCUUUUUCCAUGGGUAUUUUUACAGGUUAUAAUUUCCAUCUCUUAAAAUAGAGAUGAAUGAGAACUUUGAAGUGGCAAUUUAUAAAGGCUGACCUCUUAUUUUCUCA